UUGGCUUCACGCUGCGGAACGAAACUUGCUGACCGAGUCCUCGUCUAUAAAAUAGCCCGUUUUAUUCGGAAAGCUUCAUUAUUUUGUUUGCAGGUUGUCAUUGAGUUCGACCGUUUGAGUCCACCAUGUCCGGCCACGGCCACGGCCACGGACACAGCCACAGCUGCGGGGCGGAGGGGCAGCAUGAGCCCGCAGAGAGAGGCGUGGAGUUCGGGUUGUAUCAACGCAUUGACCUGGAGAGGCUCCAGUGUCUGAACGAGAGCAGGGACGGAGACGGACGGCUGGUGUUCAAGCCUUGGGACCAGCGGAACCUGCGAGACAAGUAUGUGGAGAGUGAUGUGGAUGAAGAGCUGCUGUUCAACAUCCCUUUCACUGGCAGCGUGAAGCUGAAAGGCAUCAUCAUCUCUGGAGAAAACGACGACUCUCAUCCAGCAGAGAUACGACUAUACAAAAACAUCCCUCAGAUGUCGUUUGAUGACACCGGCAGGGAACCGGACCAGGCCUUCAGACUCAACAGAGACCCGCUGGCUGAGCUGGAGUAUCCCACAAAGAUUGCUCGUUUCUCCAGCGUCCAUCACCUCUCCAUCCACAUCUCCAAAAACUUUGGGGACGAGAACACCCGGGUGUACUACAUCGGGCUGAGAGGGGAAUAUUCAGAGGCUCACAGACACGAAGUGACCAUCUGUAACUACGAGGCGGCAGCGAACCCAGCGGAUCACAAAGUAGAGAGCAUCAUCCCACAGACCAACUUCAUCUCCUGAGACCUGGAGGAGAGGAAGUUUGCUGAAGUGUCAAACAGGAAGUCAGCGCUGCGUUUGUCAUGCAGCGAGGAGCCAGCGCUGUAACCUUGGAAACCCGCGUGCUUCUGUUAUUUCCGUGGCAACAUGCUAAACAGCGUUGGCAAAGAUGCAUGAAAGGUUUUCUUUUUAAUCUUCCGUGAUGAAUUUUGCUGUUAAAUAAAGCGAGGAGGGGAGGAGGACAGGGUCAGUUAUCUCGGUUGCCAUGACGACGGCCUGGAUUCAUCAUUCGCUGCAACAAGGAAACUUUUCAGGUUUAAAUCAUGAACAGCUUUGCUUGAUUCAUUGUUUCCAUACAUGAAAGGCGAUGAAGAUUUUUCUUCAUCUUUUCUGAUGCUUAAAAAAAUAAAUAAGAUGCUGCAAUAA